UAGUCACACUGAGUACAGCUGAUCGUAGCGUGCGCGUUUUAGUUUUAAAAGCUGAAGAUUUUCCCAUUCGUCACAUUUUUAUUCGAAAUGCAAACAGAAAGCAAUGGAAAACGUAAACGACCAAAGAAGAAAGGCAAUCGCUUCAUGCGAAACGCCAAGGGCUUUGCCAAACAGGGAAUCUUCGGCCGCGGGACGCAUAUAGACGAUGAGCAGUUUAGUUACUUCAUCAACAUUCUGGAUGCCAUGAAGGCUGGGUUCGACGAUGUGGAGGAGCGCGUGAACAUGGCCAACAAUGUGUUUGAGCAGACGAAAGAUCAGGAGAUCCACUUGGCCUCCAAUCAAAUUGUGUCCAAGGCAUUGGAAUCGCUUAUUGGAUUUGUGGACAACGAGCAGCUGGAGCGAUACUUCAACAAAUUUGGGGACAGCCUGCGCCCCUUGUGCUCGGAUAGAUUUGCUUCGCAUGUCCUGCAGAAGAUGCUUGAAAUUGCCUUUUUGCGCGGCCUGGGCAAGGCAGCUGCCCAGGAAGUCAGCGAUGGUCCGACCACAACAAAGCGAGCUAAGCCAGAUGCCGCACAAAUCGAGGAGGAAUACAAUUUGGAAACUGAGUUCAGCGACGACCACAGAGAGAAGUGUCGUCAGUUCGUGGUGCGGAUCUCGAAGUUCAUGCUCAACAACUUGGAGGACUUUGUGUGGGACAACUGCGCCAGUCACAUCAUGAGAACUGCGAUACUGUGCCUAGUGGGCAUGCAUGUUCCGAAAAUAGCAUUCGAGAAAGGAGGGGCUGAGAUGGCCAAGCACCGCAAGCUGUAUACAGUGCCCGAGGACUGGCACGAGGUGAUGAAAGAGUUUCCCCAACGCCUGGAAAUGUGGCCACAAUUCGUUGAGUUCCCUUAUCAGGAGCACUCAUCCGCCUUAUUAGGCGUCAUCUGCCUAGCCUUGAGUGUGGCCGACAAAAGUUUUCUAAAGCACUUCGGCAAGAAAAUAUUAUUGCAAAGCCUAUUGAAGGCUAACGAAGAAAAUGACGAUACAGUUGAGAAAAAGACGGACGCAAAAAUUGAAAUUGAAGACAAUGAUGGGGAGGAGAAGCCGACGGAAGAGAAAGAAAAGAGCGCGGAGGAGAAAAAGGACGAUCCUGUCCUGCCGAAAGUGUUUCACCAUCAGAGCUCCGUCAUCCUUCUAGAGACUAUUCUGAGCGUGGCGGGUGCCAAGCUGCUGACCCAGCUAUAUGCGAUGCUGUUCAGUGGCCGUGUCGGUUACCUCGCCAAACAGCAACAGACAAACUUUUCCGUCCAGCGACUUCUUCAGAACAUGAAAGAGGUAACAGACUUCGAGUCUAUUUUUGCAGAGCUUCAGCCCCACGUGGAAGAGCUCCUGAAAAUGGGAUACACUGGCGUGGUAUCUGCCUUGAGUGCCGCCUGCUUACGGCUGGGGUCCAAACAGGCCCAGAUGAUAGCCAUUCUACAGAGUUCGCUUCAUGUCAGUGGCGACAAAGAGAAGUCUAAGCUGUUCUUUAACUGCCUUAUUAAACUGAAACCCUCUGAGAUUCUGGCCAGCGAUGAGUCGGGAUUUGUCCAUCUGCAUGGCUCGCUGAUUGCUCAGCAUGUACUGCAGUUCAACAAACCCAUUUUCCUGGUCAACUGCAUCCUCGAUCUGCCAGCCGCCCAACUAGCCCAGAUCUUUAACACGCCCAACGGCUCCCACAUAGUCGAUGCCUUCAUGCAGAGCAAGUUCAUUGGCGAGAAGUCGCGUGAGCGCCUGAUCCGUCAGCUAGAUGGCUUCUAUGUAGACUUGGCCAUUACCCGCCACGGAUCCCGUGUCCUGGAGCAGUGCUUCAAAGCCUCGCAGGAGGCGCAGAAGCUGCGCAUUGCUAAGGAGCUCAUCACGAAGGCUAACAUGCUGAAGGGUUCGCCCUUUGGGCGCCUCAUCUACGCAAAGUAUCGCCUGGAAACUUACAACCUCUCGCCCACUCAGUGGCAGGCGAGCUUGUCAAAGCAGUUGGAUCCGGAGCAGCCCGAGACAAAGCGGAAGCCAGCCAAGACAGCAGCCGAUGCGUUUAAGGAUAUACUAAGCUAGGAUUUUGAUUUGUUGACAAAAUAAAAUGUAAUUCCACACAUGGAUAGUGUA